AUGGCUGAGGAGGACAACAACGGUGUCGCCGGUCUUGCUGCCGAAGUGUUUCAGCUCGAGGAUGGUCCCGUUGUCCUAGUUGAUGACGAUGUUGCUGCCGAAAUUGCUGAGGUUCAAGUCGACGAUGCUUUUUUAGUCGCGGGAGCUCCGGUCGAAAAUGCUCCGGCCCAGGACGAGCAGGACAACGAAGCUCCGGCCCAAGACGUGCAGGACGACGAAGCUCCGGCCCAGGACGUGCAGGACAACGAAGCUCCGGCCAACGAUGCCCCAUCCGAUGCUGCUCCGACCGAGCAAGCUCCGCUCGAACCAAAAGUGAUGUACAAGCUAAAGUCGCGGGACGGAAAGAUCGAAGAAAUCAGCGAUCUUGCGCUGAGACACUCGACGACGCUCCAAACGAUGACGGAGCUGCUCGGAUGCUCGGCCCAAGAGGAGCCGAUCGUGGUGGCGAACGUGGACGGAAAGAUUCUGAGCCUGGUGGUCCAGUGGUGCGAGAAAUACCGUGAAAAGGAGCCGGUCGAGGAGGUCCUCAACUCGUCCGAGCGGGAAGUCGUCCGUAUUUCGGACUGGGAGAGCCAGUUCCUGAAGAUCGAGAACCAAGAUCUGUUCGAACUGAUCUGCGCGUCCAACUACCUCGACGUCAAGGGGCUCAUGAACGUGGCGUGCAAGACCGUCGCCAAUAUGGCCAUCGGAAAGUCGCCGGAAGAACUCCGACAGAUCUUCGGCAUCCUUUCCGACGAGGAGGAGGAGGCACUGGCCAAGGAGCAGCAGCAGAAGGAGAAACAGAAGGAGACCGCUUGA